AUGAAGUCGCUCGGUGUUGUCAUAUUGUGCACCAUUCUCAUAAUUGUGGCUAUCACAAUCGCUGAUGCCCAGAAGAAAGCAGCAGAUAAAAAGAGUAAGUCUAACGUCAAUUCAGCUGGAAACAAGAAGAGCGUUGGAAAGGCGCUUAAAAAGACCUCGACCAGCAAGCCAACCACCAGAAGGAGAAAAAGCAGCACUAUGUUAUUUAAAACGACGAAAAAAACAACUGGAACCACAGCUUCAACAUUUAUAUUGGCAUCAUCUUUUGAGGAUGAUGCACCAGACAAUGAAGCUGGAUCUGAUUGCUUUGACGCUUGCUAUCCAAACACGUCAUUACUCACCGCCGAAGGAAAAGUUCGGAGUCCUGAAAAUUACGGAAAGAUUGUGGAAACCAAUGGUAAAAAAUUUUUGGUGGGGACAAUGCAACUUGGUUCGUGGCAAGAUAACUGGAAAACUUGCUGCUCGAUUGGAAUGCAGCCACUUCUUUUAACCGAGAAAACAAAAAUUAACGAUUUCAUAGCUGCCGUUGUUCUUGCGAGUAUUAUUUUUUUCUUGUACACGACCAGCUGCGCAAUGUAA